CUCUUCGUGGCUCCUCCCCUAGCAGGGGCGGGGCGGCCGAGCGCCCGGAGGCUGGGUGCCACCGCUCAAGAGACAAGGGGGAGUGUGGGUUUGACGCCCCGGAAAGUAGCGGGUGGGGAACAUCACUGGGGAGCGUCCUGCGGGCCGGCCGAGGGUGGCGGGCUCAGGCUUCCCUUUGGAACAGCUUCCCUCACAUCUAUUCCCGGCCUCUUUGGAGGGGCGGGGCUUGCGUGUUUUACUUCCGGAUCCCACAGUUACGACACCGGAAGCCGGAAGUGGGAAUUUCGUGGGGGAGAAGGGAAGAGCGACCGCGGAACCGGGACUUUCUCGGAGCGACGGGGCCCGAGGAGCGCUCGCGGCCCGCUGCUCCCGCCCUUCUUACGUCGGACUGAUUCUGCUGAAAGGUGUGGUCCUCUUCCCCGAAGACAGGGUACCAUCGGUGGGCGUUCCGCCGCCUCCUAGAUUUCCCCCGGACGUCUAGGCUUCCCUCUCCUGUUGGGCCCAGACCUUGACUUGUUGGAUGAGCGGGCCCCCCUGGAAGAGUCAGCUGUGUGAGAUGGUGCAGCCCAGCGGUGGCCCGGCCGGGGACCAGGACGUGCUGGGUGAAGAGUCUUCUCUAGGGAAGCCGACCAUGCUCCACCUGCCUUCGGAGCAGGGCGCUCCUGAGACCUUCCAGCGCUGUCUAGAGGAGAAUCAAGAGCUCCGAGAUGCCAUCCGGCAGAGCAACCAGAUGCUGCGGGAGUGCUGUGAGGAGCUGCAGCGUUUCCAGGGCAACCAGAGGGAGGAGAAGGAGUUCCUCAUGCAGAGGUUCCAGGAGGCCAGGAGCCUGGUGGAGAGACUGAGUCUGGAGAAGGUCGACCUGAGGAGGCAGAGGGAGCAGGCCCUGCAGGAGGUGGAGCACCUGAAGAGAUGCCAGCAGCAGAUGGCCGAGGACAAGGCCUCGGUGAAAGCCCAGGUGACUUCCUUACUAGGGGAGCUCCAGGAGAGCCAGAGUCGCUUGGAGGCUGCCACCAAGGAGCGGCAGGCUUUGGAGAGCAGGGCCCGGGUGGCCAGCGAGCAGGCCCGGCAGCUGGAGAGUGAGCGGGAGGCACUGCAGCAACAGCACAGCGUGCAGGUGGACCAGCUGCGCAUGCAGACCCAGAGCAUGGAGGCCGCCCUGCGUAUGGAGCGCCAGGCCGCCUCGGAGGAGAAGCGGAAGCUGGCCCAGCUACAGGUGGCCUAUCACCAGCUCUUCCAAGACUAUGACAACCACAUCAAGAGCAGCGUGAUGAGCAGUGAGCGAAACCGAGGAAUGCAGCUGGAAGAUCUCAAGCAGCGACUCCAGCAGGCCGAGGAGGCCCUGGUGGCCAAACAGGAAGUGAUCGAUAAGCUGAAGGAAGAGGCUGAGCAGCACAAGAUUGUGAUGGAGACAGUUUCGGUGCUGAAGGUCCAGGCGGAUAUCUACAAGACGGACUUCCAGGCUGAGAGGCAGGCCCGGGAGAAGCUGGCCGAGAAGAAGGAGCUCCUGCAGGAACAGCUGGAGCAGCUGCAGCGGGACUAUAGCAGGCUGAAGGCCAGCUGUCAGGAGUCAGCCAGGAUUGAAGACAUGAGGAAGCGGCACGUAGAGGUCUCCCAGCCCCCCUUGGCCCCUGCCCCAGCUCACCACUCCUUUCACCUGGCCCUGUCCAGCCAGAGGAGAAGCACCCCCGAGGAGCCGCCUGACUUCUGUUGCCCCAAGUGCCAGUACCAGGCUCCUGAUAUGGACACCCUGCAGAUACACGUCAUGGAGUGCAUCGAGUAGGGCCGCCUGCCGAUGACCAGCCCAGGACACUGCAAUCUGCUUUCCUCUCCCAUCUGCCCAGUCCUGGAUUAUGGGCUAGGUGACAAAGAGCAGGUUACUUAUCUGAGCCCUAAGAGCUAGCUGUAGGACCUUACGCUUCAGCUCCCCCGUCUGCUGGUUCGCCUCUUUUAGGGUACACAGGGCCCCAGCGAGGCCUGAUGCUCUGCUCUUUUCAUUCGUGCUGUGUGUUUGAACCACUUGCCUCUGGGGCUCCCCUUCCACCCCCACUGGGGAAGUCAAGAAUCGAGGCCGGGGCUCCCAGAGAGAACUGCUUCCCAGGCUGCGAAGGGAGGGGCCCUUCCUCCCGGCCCAGCUCCAGCACAGCCCGGCGAGCUUGUGGGCCACGUGCCACUCCACGGGGAGGCUGCACCGCGGCAUUUGGCUUGUUGCCCGUCUUCUCGUCAUAAACAAGGCCGCAGUGGAAACCCACGCGCAUCAUUCGUGUGUGUCUUUGGGUCGGAUUCUUAGAAGCGGCAGUACUGAGCGUCCGCAAACAGGGUGGAUGGUGCUGGUGCCCCCCGUGCAGUUUCCUGCUGUCCCCUCAUUCCCCACAGCCUUGCCCUGGGGAGGGGUAUCCAACCUGUGGGCUCUUGCCAUCUGCCAGGCAUGCAUUUCCCUGGUAAGAGUGGGCUUGAGCAUCUCGCCGUGCUUCAGGGUCCUUUUCAGUUGGAGUGUGAAUGGCUUGUUCGUAGUUUUGCCCACUUUUCUCUUAGGCCAUUGCUCUUUUGUUCCUCGGAGUGCAGGAGCUCCUGGGUCAGUAGUGGAACCAGCCCUUUGGUGUGAUGGAAGUUGCGGUGGUCUUUCCCUGCUGUGAGUGUGUACUAGUGUGUUCUGGACUUAAAGUUGGCUAUUUCUGUGUAGUCACAUUUCCCCACCUUCCCUCCACUGCUUUGGUGUGGACUUGUUGCGACCACCUUGUAGUCUGAUGGGGGGAUGUCCCCACAAGUAUGCUUCUUCUUUCCUUUCCCCAACACCGCAGUGUGCUCUCGUCCUCCCCAAGAACAUUGUCGCCCAGUGUGAGUGGUGGUGGCGGUGGUGGUCGUGUUUCAUCACGUUCCAGAAGUCUGUGGUGCUGUUCCCUGCACCAGCCCCAAAUGCUCUGGCCUUGUGAAAGGAAGCCACUUGACAAUGCCUGGCAGGUUAGGGACACCAGAGGGCUCUUCCUGGUUGUUUGGCAACAUUGUGACUAUUUCUUGGGAUGUCAAAGCCAUGGGCAUUAAGCCUGCGAUGUUGUAAAGAAGACAUUAGAGGAAGAAUCUGCAUCAUUUUCUCCUCGGUGCCCUGGCUCUUGACUCUGCCCUCUUCCAAGCUACCCAGGCUAGGAAUGGGAUGUUGGGAAUCCAGCCCGGUGCUCAUCUCGCGGCGUUUCCUGCUGCUUGGCAGUGAGAGGGCUGACUAGAGGGGCGUUUCAGCCUCAUGCGGGAAGAUAGCUAGCAGCCCAUUCUGCCAACAGUCCUGCACUGGAAACUGUGUUGGCAUCUGCCGGGCGGGGAGAGACUUCCUGCUUCCUGAAGGCCCGGUGUCUAAUCGCAGGUGGUACUUGGGGGAAGCGUCAGACGCUUCCAGUUUGACCAUGGUUCCCUACCCAUGGGUGCUGCAUUUCAAUCCUAAUCCUGCAGUUUUUCUUGAGCACUUUUAGUUUUGGGGAGAUGUGUUAGUUUCCCCUGGGUGCUGUCAGAAAGUGCCACAAACUUGGUGGCUUAGAACACCAGGCAUUCAUUCUUUCCCAGUCUGGAGGCCAGCAGUGUGAAGUCCAGCUAUGGGCAGGCUUGGUUCCCUCUGGCGGCUCCGAGGGACAGUCAGUUCCACGCCUCUCUCCCAGCUUCUGGUGGCGGGGCUUGGUGUCCCUUGGCUGGUAGACACAUCACUCCACACUCUGCCUCCGUGGUUAUAUGCCCCCUUCUCUUCAUCUGACCAUGUCUUCCAUUCUGUCUCUUCUAAGGACAGCAGUCACUGGAUUUAGGAGCCACCUGUGCCAUCCAGGAUGAUCUCAUCUCGAGAUCCUCACCAUCAUUACCUCCACAAAGACCCUUCUUCCAGAUAAGCUCUAAGGUCCCAUUCUCAAGUUCUGGGGGUGGGGAUGUGUUCGAAUCUUUUGGGAGCACAAUUCGACUCAGUAUGGGGACGUCUGGAGGCCACAGAUUGGGACAGGUACAGUCACAAGCAGGUCUCCCCAGGACCGCAGCUCUGUUAGAGGCCAUGUUCUCCAGGCUGACGGUGCUGUUGGGCUGCAGAGGCAUAUGGUACUCUGUGGCAAGGAAAGCUGGGGUUUGGUGUGGGCCAUGCCCUUACAGGCGCAGGGACUGCUGUUCCUUAGGACAUCUCGUCUCCGCUGGACACCACUGCUGGGGUCCGUGCACGUGGGCAGAAGGGGGUAGGCUGCAGUAGGAUGGCACUGUUAGGCCACCGGCGCCCUGGGUGGUGGCUGCUGGCUGGGUAGGGACGGGCCUCGCCCUUCUAAGAGGGUGAACAAAGGCACAUAGGAGCCCUUCUCUGCCCAGCCCCCUCUCCUGAAAGGGUGUUGAAAGAAAGGAGGUGAGACCCAGCAGCUGUGAGAGGUGGAUAUUCUCUUCCCCGGGAACUUUCUUUGGGCUCUGGCGGUGGCUCCAGGUGGGCCACACAGCAGUGGCAGCAGCUGGGAGCUUUGCAGACGUUCCUGCCUGGGCCCUGGACCAGGGUCUGGUCUGGGCAUGGGACCGGGCGGUAGCUAGGAACUGUUGCUCUUUUGAACCUUCUCUUCUGCCUCCUUCCUUCUGUAGGGCUGACUGUGCAUUCGACACCAAGGAUUUUAAACCAGGCCGUUUGCCCGGAAGUGAGGGAUUCUGCUUUCUUCCUUUCUGGCUUUCCUUAGGUUGGGCUUCUGGAACAAGUGGUUGGAUUCCUUCGGUGAGGGAAGCAGCCUGCUUGCCUUAUUAGCUGUGGCCCCUUGAUAUUCACGACCCUGGGUCUGGGAGGUAGAGAUAAACAGCUAGAAGCACACCCUGCCAGAAAUUUUGUUCCCUGUUGCUCACACACGCACCCCCCCCCAUGUUACUGCUGCUCGACGCUCAAGAGAAAUCCAGAUGGCCAGUAAAAUAAGCACAAUAAGAAAGCAUUUCUCCCUUCGCUAGUAACUAAAACAACACAGACUCAACCUAAACCAAAAGGAAU